GUUGGGCUUGCGUCGCGUGCAGUUGGGCACCACGUGAUAACACGGCCGGGAGCGUGUAAGUAGCCGCCGACCCAAAACACGGCACGAACCGGUCGACGAGACACGCGAGGAGGAAGAGGCCCCGCGCGAGCUUGAAAGCACGCAAUCGAAAGUCGCCCGCGCGCUCGGCGACGGUGCGACGACCCGGAAUUUUCACUGUGCCAUCGCCAGAGUUUCACUUCUAACCUGAAUUCGACACGCCGUGCGAGCGUGCGCACAUCUCCCCGGCACAUACCAAUCGGUUGCAGGGAUACACGCGGAACCACGCGCUGAGUCAACGUCCUGAUUAAGGAUGUGGCCGAAGGACGUCGGUAUCCGGGCGUUGGAGGUGUACUUCCCGGCGCAGUACGUGGAGCAGACGGAGCUGGAGGCACACGAUGGCGUGUCCGCCGGCAAGUACACGCUCGGCCUGGGCCAAUCGCGGAUGGGCUUCUGCAACGAUCGCGAGGACAUCAACUCGCUCGCCCUGACGGUAACGCAUCGCCUGAUGGAGCGUUACGCCGUGAAGCCGCAGGACAUCGGCAGGCUCGAAGUCGGCACCGAGACCAUCCUCGAUAAGAGCAAGUCGAUAAAGUCCCUACUGAUGCAGCUGUUCGAGCCGCACGGUUGCACCGACAUCGAGGGCAUCGACACGACGAACGCGUGCUACGGCGGCACCGCCGCGCUCUUCAACGCCGUCGCCUGGGUCGAGAGUAGCGCCUGGGACGGCAGGCUGGCUCUAGUAGUCGCAGCGGACAACGCCGUGUACGCGCCAGGCAGUGCCAGGCCCACCGGUGGCGCCGGUGCGAUAGCGAUGCUGGUAGGGCCCGACGCGCCGCUGGUGUUCGACCGCGGCCUCCGGGCGUCCUGCAUGCGGCACGCGUACGACUUCUACAAGCCGGAUCUCCGCUCGGAGUAUCCCGUAGUGGACGGCAAGCUGUCGAUCCAGUGCUACCUGAGCGCCCUGGACAGCUGCUACCAGCUGUACCGCGAGAAGGCCAAGAAGCAGAACUCCGAGAGCGCCGUGACGCUGGCGAGCUUCGACGCGAUGCUCUUCCACUCGCCGUACUGCAAGCUCGUGCAGAAGUCGCUCGCCCGGCUGGCGUUCCUCGACUUCGCCAACACGCCGCGCGACCGGCUCGCCGAGCGGUACGCCGCGGAGACGGCGAAAUUCCAUGACACGAAGCUCGAGGACACGUACUUCGACAAGGACAUCGAGAAGGCGUUCGUGCAGCUGAGCAAAGCGGAUUUCGAGCGGAAGACCAAGCCGGGCCUGUUGAUCGCGAACCAGGUCGGCAACAUGUACACGCCGUCGGUGUACUGCAGCUUGGUAUCGUUGCUGGUGUCGGAGCCGAUAAGCGAAUUGGCGGGCAGCAAGAUAGGCAUAUUCUCGUACGGUUCUGGCUUGUGCUCGAGCAUGUACUCGUUGACGGUGGCGAAGGACGCGCGGGACGGCUCGGGCCUGUCGAAGAUCGUCACCGCGCUCUCCUACGUCAAGUCGCAGUUGGACAAACGUCGGCGCGUCUCGCCGGAAGAUUACACGAAGGUAUUGGCGUUGCGGGAGCAGAAUUGUCACGCCGUGCCAUUCACGCCGCAGAGUAGUAUAAACGACAUGUUCCCGGGAACGUAUUACUUAACGCAGGUGGACGAGAAGUACAGGAGGACUUAUAAGAGAGUAUGAGAGCGUAGGCACGAACGUCUAGAUUAUUUACAUAGCUAAUUUUCCUGUACGAAGAGACACGCAUAUUACACACGUAAAAUGAAGAGCUCGGGGUUUCGUUUGAUAAGUUAUAAUCAUUGUACAACGGCGAUUGUACGCUAUGGUGUUGUUUGUUACACUUUUACAGCUUCGUAUCGGGAAUUUAAUCCAACUUGGGUCUUCCUAACGAUUUCUCGCUGUUACGUAAUAUUUUUUAAUUGCUCUAGGCAAUUGUUACACUUAAUAAUAAUAAUAAUUUCCAGUUGUAGUAAUGCGGUAAAGAAUGAUCAUGCAGUUCUUUGGAAAACUAUAUGUAUUACGGUUGUUCAUGUGCAGCAAACAUCAAAACGAGAAUCUUAACUUUAAUAGAAAAUAUUUUGAUGGAAUAGAUUGGGAACUAUUUAUGCGGCAACUUUUUUUGCUGAUUUAUACGAUCUAUACACGUCGUUAUUAUUCCUUACACAUCAUCAAUUACGAAUGCUUUCGGACGUAUUUGCAAUUCGCUGAAGUUUAUAUCUUUUCUUUUCGUAGCUCGCUUUGACGCGUGCGUCGAAUUGCACCGAUUCGAUUAUUAAGAACAUUCGCGUCGACGGGGAAUCUCGGAGAUAAUAUUAUGCGUUGUUACGUGUAUAUCUUAAUUAAUAUAAAAACAGCUUAAGGAAGUGCCUUACGUAUAGAUCAUUUCUAUACAACAGAAAAAAAAACGAUUAAAUGGAGAAGAUUUUUAUACCUUCACACUAGUAAUACUUGCAGGUGAAUUUAAGAAAGUCAAAAUCAUAAGCGCGAAUGAUAUAACUGACGCCAGAAGCGCAAAUUUCAUUUUCACUCGAUGCGUGCGGCAUUCGGGGCUCGAUCGGAUACCUGAUUUACAUUUACGAAUUCGCAGUCGGUCUCGUUAGGCAUUUGUAACAUAUGGAUUUGUCGUAUCAAUUUAUCGAAUCGUCUUCUACCUCGUUUUCCUUUAUCUUUUUCUUAGAUAUUUAUUAUUAAGUCCACACAAAUGAAGUAUCUUAGCGAACAAGGUCAGAUAUGUUAUCGGGUAGCACCGUUUUCUAUAUAUAAGAAUUUAUAUAUUUUGUAUCGUUAUUUACUGUAUUGUUAUUUAUAAUAUAUAUACGUAUAUGCUAGUCAUAUACAGCAUGUUCACUUA